AUGGCUAUGGAAGGACCUUCAGAACUAAAAGGUAUUAAGUACCCUGCAAAGGCUCACUCUUUGAAUGUCAAAAGGCAUUUCUUAUCAAAAAAAAAGGAUGCCAUUAACUCGGCCUUCUUCGUUUCUGGUACUAGCCUAGAGUUCUUUGCUUACUGCGAUGAAACAAUCCCUUUAAGACAGAACAGAUAUUUCCAUUAUCUUAGUGGUAUCAACCAAAUUCCUGGUUGUUAUAUUUUGUAUACUUUAGCCGACCAGAAGUUGACUUUAUAUCUUCCCGAGAUCGACUAUGAUGACGUUAUGUGGAGUGGAAUGCCGAUAAGUUUGAAGGAAGCAAAGGAAAAGUUUGACGUGGACGUUGUAGAGUACGAAAGUGCCAUAGAAUCCAAGUUGACACAACUUGUUGCUGAUAGGAUCGUCAUUUAUACUACGGAUACCGAGAAUUAUGCGAAGAAACCAUUUUCAAAGUUGGUGAGAGCCGGUGAUAAGGACUUUUUCUACGCCUUAGAUGAAUCCCGUUUGAUCAAGGACAGCUAUGAAAUCAGUAUGAUGAAAUAUGCCAACAAGAUCACUGCCAACUCCCAUGUUGCUGUGAUGGCUGCUCAGCCGAUCGAGCAGAACGAAACCCAUAUGCAUGCCGAGUUUAUCUACCACUCGAUUAGACAAGGUUCCAAAUUCCAAAGUUACGAUCCUAUAUGCUGUUCGGGUCCUAACUGUGGUACGUUGCACUAUAUGAAGAACGACGACACCAUGGUGAAGAAAUGUAGCACCUUGAUUGAUGCUGGCGCAGACUGGGAAUGUUAUGCGUCUGAUGUCACCCGAUGCUUUCCGAUUAGUGGAGAGUGGACUAAGGAGCAUAUGGAUAUUUACGAGACUGUUCAGGACAUGCAAAAACAAGUCUUGGAUGGUAUCAAACCUGGCGUUUCAUGGGAUCAUUUACAUCUUCUUGCUCACAAGGUGAUGAUUAAGCACUUCCUUAACUUGGGUCUAUUCAUCAACGGUACUGAGGAGGAAAUUUUUGAUAGUAAAGUUUCUGUUUGGUUCUUCCCCCAUGGGUUGGGACACUUAAUUGGUCUAGACACGCAUGAUGUUGGUGGAUAUCCAAAUUACGACGACCCUGAUAUUCGAUUGAGAUGGUUACGGUUAAGAAGAAAGCUAUUGCCGGGUAUGGUUGUAACCGAUGAGCCAGGUGUCUACUUCAAUGACUAUUUACUUGAGAAUGCUUACAAAGAGCCAAAAAUGGCAAAGUACAUCGACAAAGACGUUGUCAGAAAGUACAUGAAUGUUGGUGGUGUCAGAAUCGAAGAUGACAUUUUGGUUACCAAAAAUGGUCAUGAAAAUUUGACUGUAGUGACAAGUGAUCCGGAGGAAAUCUCGAAGAUUGUGAAGAAGGGAAUCGCCAAGGGUAAGAAGGGAUUUCAUGUUGUUGUAUAA